AUGUGGCAACAAGGGGAAGUUCCGCAAGAUUUCAAAUACGCAACCAUCGUGCAUCUCUACAAGCGAAAAGGGAAUCACCAAGUCUGCGACAAUCACCGUGGCAUCUCCUUGCUGAACAUCGGCGGGAAGAUAUUCGCUCACAUCCUGCUCAACCGUCUCAAUAAUCAUCUGGAACAAGGCCUUCUGCCUGAAACCCAAUGCGGCUUCCGUCGUCAUCGUGGGACCACGGAUAUGAUCUUUGCCGCCCGCCAACUUCAGGAGAAGUGUCAGGAGAUGCGGACUCACCUGCACUCUACCUUCGUGGACCUGACGAAAGCCUUCGACACGGUGAAUCGUGAAGGACUGUGGAAGUUCACGCAGAAAUUCGGCUGUCCAGAGCGAUUCACACAGAUGGUGCGUCAGCUGCACGACGGUAUGAUGGCGUGAGUCACGGACAACGGACCUGUCUCUGAGGCAUUCGCAGUGACCAGCGGAGUAAAGCAGGGCUGUGUACUGGCGCCUACCCCCUUCAGUCUUAUGUUCUCUGCCAUGCUGAUGGACGCUUACCGCGACGAACGCCCAGGGAUCCGCAUGGCCUACAGGACGGACGGUCAACUGCUGAAUCAACGGCGGUUGCACUUCCAAUCGCGCGUAUCCACAACCACCGUGCACGAACUCCUCUUUGGCGACGACUGCGCCCUGAACACCACCUCGAAAGAGGAGAUGCAACGCAGCAUGGACCUGUUCUCCGCCGCCUGCGAGAACUUCGUUCUGGUCAUUAACAAGCAGAAGACUGUGGAGAUGCACCAACCGCCACCUAACUCAGCCACAGCUCACAACGCGUCGCCGCAAAUCAGCGUGAACGAAACCCAACUGCAAGUGGUGGAGAACUUCCCGUCGCUACUUUAUGGAAGGUGUACGCAAAUCAGGCACGCCGACUGAACCACUUCUACGUCAGUUGUCUUUGUCGCAUCCUGUGGCUGUACUGGCAGGAUCGAAUCCCCGACACUGAUAUGCUGGAACGGACGGGAAUCCUCAGCAUCUACGCCAUACUGAGACAAAUGCAGCUGCGCUGGAUCGGCCACCUGGUGCGCAUGGACGACGAGCAACUACCCACACGACUCUUCUACGGAGACGUCGCGACUGGUUCACGCCGUCAAGGAGGCAAAAUUCGCCGUUACAAGUAUACCCUGAAGUCCCCCCUGAAGCGCCUGCAAAUCAACACGGCCAACUGGGAUGAGCUCGCACUCCAUCGACCGACCUGGAGGAGGACAGUGAAGACAGGCGCUGCGAUCUACGAAGCCAAUCGCAUCGCUGCCGCCAAGGCGAAACGCGAAGCCUGCAAUCCCAACUUCGCCCAGUACGCAACGCCGACGCACAACCCCUUCCAACGUGUCCUCGUUGUCAACGGACGUUUCGGGCUCGAAUUGGACUUGUUGGAUAUCUGA